UUCUAGGGCCAGGACAUGAAGGUCGCGCUGUUGGACCUUGGGUCUCUCUUUGCCAAAAUCUUCAAGACCUCGACGGCGCCCCCUGCGGCCCCCUCGCCGGUCGCCUCCUCCAGCCCCUCGCGAGGCGCUGCUGCCGCGGGCUCCCGCCCCGGCACCUCGCUCAGCGCGGCCCGGACCUUGACCGUUCUCCCGGCCCUGGCCCCCGACUCCCCGUCUAGCUCUCGGGGGCCGUCGGUCCUGCUGCAGCCGACGCCCGCCACGCUCCAUCCCCUGCUCGCCGCCCCCCACGCCCGAGUCUCCGUCGCCGGCCGCCCGGCACAGGCGGCGGGGACUCCUGCUUCGCUGCCCAGUAGCCCGGGAGCAGCCAGAGUCCGGUCCUCGCCCCCGCCCCUGCCCUUGGCUCUGCCGCCCGCCCCCUCCAGCGGCGGUCCUAGCUCGGCAGGCUCCCCCGCCCACCUGGUGGUCGUGGCGCGGCCGCCCCCGGGCCCCGGCGCGGUCUGGGAGGCGUAUCCGUCCAUCGGGGGCUCGGCGGGCAGCAGCAGCAGCAGUGUGACCGCGAGCCCGCGGAACCCUCGCCUCCCCGGCCCCGGGGAGAGAGAGCCCAGCGCUCGGGUGCCCCCUGGGCCUGGCCCCGGCCCCAAGACCCUGUUCUUCGCUUUGCCGGACAUCGGCGAGGAGUGGGCCUCGGACAGCGACUCGGAGGACGGCCGGCGAGGAAGAGGACUGUCAGAAGGAUCUGGAAAGCAGAAUUUUGCUGUGAAAAGCAAAGAUCCUUUACCUACCCAUUUUACAAAAAAUGUACAGAAAGCCAUUGCUAAAUAUAGCCGGGAAUCUGGGUCAUCAUUUUCAUCAAGUGGAAGCCCCACGCCUACAGAAGCCCCCAACUCCUGGUCUGGGUCUGGGACACAGAGUUCAACCACUGGUUUAUCUACGGAGAGGAGUUCCAUUUACUCCUGGAGAGAUGAUGCUUUUGUGAUGCUCCUGUGGCCACGGAAGAGUCCAGACCAGCUCCUUGGAUGGUCUAAGUCCUGCUGCUUUCUUGUUUGUGUUCUGGAUUUCUUUGCUUUCUUUAAAAGCAGCGCUCCGCCCUGGACUGUGCAGGAGUUUGACAAAGCCAGUGCACAGAAAGUGCAGCAGUUGUUCUGGGAGGUGGAGGAAAUGUUGUUUGAAGGGAAAGUAAGCCCUCAGACCCAGAAUCUCCAGGCUGAGUGCUGUGAAUGGGCGGGCAGGUCCCUGCAUCUGAGAGUGUUAGGAAGACAGCUCAUCCCGCCGGCUGAUGAAGGAGUUGAGCAUUUCCAGAGCAGCGGGCCUGCCUCUGCCAUCCACGGACCCUUCCUUGACGACUGUGGACACAGCAGCAACAUCAGAGAGCUGCGCAUCUCCGGCUCACAGAUAGUCCCGGCCGUGCUCUCAGCCCCCUCCCUGCUGCGCCCUGAUGGUACCGGGGCUGUGGACCUCACGGCACGUUCCUCUCUGGAAGAAGAGGUUUUCGAUGUGGAUGGAAAGAUUGAAGAGUAUUUUGCUUUUGACAGAAAACAAGAUGACGAGGACUGUCUCGAACAAAAACCAGCUCGUCGUCGCGGGACCUGGCGUAAGCGCGGACUUCCUCCCGUGUCGCCGCACGCCUGUAUCAGAGAUGCGGUGGCUGCCGAAGUGUUUGACCACGUCUGGACGAAUGUGGUGGAGGUGUUGGAAAAGCUGACCAGAAAAAACUGGGAAAUUACCCUUACAGAAGGAAAAAAACAGAAAGAAAAAUUGCAAGUAGCUGAGAGUAAAUCUCCACCCACAGUCAUUUCCCGUAUUAACGCUGAUGUGUCCAGUGUUCCGCCAUCCAGAAGUUCAGAAACUCGAAGUGUAUCCCUGGCUUCUCAUCUUAACCCACCUCAGAUACAUCGCUUCUCCAACAAUUUUUAUAGUGACUUGAAUGGUGUGAUGACAAUUCAAGCAAAACCACUUCAGCAGAGACCUACCUAUUUUGCAGAUAGAACACAGAGUGAGCAGGAGGACAAACCACUGGGUGUAGGAUCCACUGUUCUUUCCUCAGCCCCGAACCGUCUGGCCCGGAUCACGGAUGCUCGUGGACCACAGACCUCCGCAAAGAAAACACUGGCACACAGGAGGCUGCCUUCUCUUACCUCAGACUCCCAGAGACUAAAAAUCCCCAGUGUGUACAGUGAUGAAGUUCUUAGGGGGACAAAACUGCAAACUGGCAUGGACCGUGUGGGCUCCCCAUCGACUCAAACCUCACGGAGUAGGUUGCCCCCGAUAGGCUCAGAGACUGGAGAGCACCACGUGGCAGGUCCCGGAUCGCGCCCUGUUUCCCUCAGAGGAAGACAGCCACAAAACCAUGGGUUGAGUGCACUGCCUGAUGGUGUAGAACGGUCACCUCUUCGAGAAAGAUCUCUAACGAUGGAGCAGUUUUCAAGGCCCAGCACCACCCAUACAUUUCGGUCAGAUACACCUCGAAAAGGUUCAUUGACACUGAUGGAAUUUGCUGGGCACAUGUGGACAGGUCAAGGCUUUUUAACAGGUUCACAGUAUCCACCUAAAUCUUUUCAGAGGACAACACUGACUUUAAGAAAGAGAUUCCAAGUGGCCUCCUGAUGUGACGUCACCAGAACUACAACCCAUCUGAAGCAUGCAAAGCCUCAGCACACCAUUUAUCACUUGAAAAAUGGAAGAAGUAUUAUGUUAUGUAUCUGACAGUCCAAGAUGUUAGACUGCCUGAGAGAAAUGCAAACAAAUAAACAAUUUAAUUUUGAA